UUUUGCCAUUGAUUGAUGAUCAGAGCAGGCCUAAUCAUAGGAAUCCUGCGAAUUAUACGGUCACACAGAUAAUGCACGGGUCGACUUAUAGAAGGCAAGUCAACCACAGCCGAAGCAAUGAAUCUUGGUGAUUAGUAUACUAUAGAAUUAAUAAAUGGAAAAGUAAAGGUAAUUUGAAAUCGAACGUGAGGGAGUAAAAAGACAAGAAUAUCCUUGGGUGUAAUGUCGCUGUCACAUUUGCAGGCGAGUCCAAAUGGAGAGUCCCGAGUCCCCACACCCAGCCAGCUCGUUUUCACUUCCGCUCAACUCAUUACUUACUUUCAUAUGUUCCGCAUGCGCGACCCUUCUUCCUCUCCCUCUCCUCUCCCUAACCAAAUUUGGCCAACUGCUUUACUACUCUCACAAACCACCUUACUUAAUUAAAAAGAAAUUUGGCCCCGUUGACUGGAAGUGGCGGAGGGGUAGAUGGAUGUAGCAUUCGGGGCGGCGGUGGUGUUGGUGGCACUAGCAGUGAUGAUGAGAAGCUGCGAGUCAGAUCCAAACGACGAGGCGUGCCUGAGGCACCUAGCGAAGUCGUUAGAGGAUCCAAACAGGUCCCUACAGAAUUGGAUAGAAAAGAAUCUGGAAAAACCCUGCAACGACUCACUAUCCAACCUGCAAGGGGCAACCUGCAACAACGGCCGCAUCUUGAGGCUCUCCCUCAACAACCUCUCUCUCAGAGGAACCAUCUCUCCCUUCCUCUCCAACUGUACCUACCUCCAAUCACUCGACCUCUCCUCCAACGCCCUCACCGGACCCAUCCCUCCCGACAUCCAGUCCCUCGUCAACCUCGCCGUCCUCAACCUCUCUUCUAACCAACUCCAGGGCCAGAUCCCGCCACAGCUCACAAUGUGCGCCUACCUCAACGUCAUUGACCUCCAUGAUAACCUUCUCACUGGUCCCAUUCCCCAGCAAUUGGGCCUCCUCGUCAGGCUCUCCACCUUCGAUGUCUCUAAUAACAGGCUUUCCGGACCCAUACCGCCUUCUUUGUCCAACCGGACCGGCACUCUGCCCCGCUUCAACGCUACCUCCUUCUUGGGGAACAAGGAUCUCUACGGCUACCCUCUUCCGCCCAUCAAGACCAGGGGCCUCUCUGUUUUGGCCAUUGUUGGGAUCGGGCUCGGGAGUGGCCUUGCCAGUCUCGUCCUCAGCUUCACUGGGGUUUGCAUAUGGUUGAAAGUCACGGAGCACAAGAUGGCUCUCGAUGAAGGCAAAAUCAGUCAGCUCAUGCCUGAUUAUUGAUUCUUCAGUAUAUACUAAUGCUCUCUUUCUUCCCAACAUUCAAUUCCAUAAUG